AUGGCAACAUCAUCACCACCACCAUCAUCACCAACUGAAUCGAUCCCAUCACCACCAUCCGCCGUACCUCUCCCUCUCUCCCUCCCAGCACCACCACCACCACCAACCUCAUCUCGUCGUCUUCCACCUCCGUGCUGGACACCAGAAGAAACCUCUGCUCUAAUCGAUUCUUACCGUGACAAAUGGUACUCUCUGGGUCGAACAAAUCUCAAAGCAACCCAUUGGCAAGAAGUUGCUGAUGCCGUCGCUGUUCGUUGCCCUAACUCUUCACCCGUCGCUAAAACCGCCGUUCAGUGUCGUCACAAAAUGGAAAAGCUCCGUAAACGUUACCGAUCUGAGAUUCAGAAGCUUAGAUCUCUUCCGGUUCCGAGAUCUCGUUCUUCUUCUUCGUGGGUUCUUUUCAAAGCUAUGGAUUCCAUGGAAAAAGGUCCUUCUCCUCCUUCUCCACCGCAUAAACCAGAAAACCCUAAUCAUAACGCUAAUCAUAAUCACAUCCAUAGCCAUAACCUUAUCAACCACCGUGAAACACUAGAGAACGAUGAUUAUGAUGAUGAUGAUCUUUAUGAGGAACUUAGAAGUGCUGCUGGUGGUGGUUCUGGUUCUGGUAAUACCAGAAGUCUUGAUAAGCUAUACCGGAAUGGAGUUUCCGGUGGUUUUGGUGGUUCCGGUAGUGGGUUUCGGAUUAGGAUUCCAACUGGUGUUAGCGUGGCACAACCCGGAUCAAAAUUCUAUCCGAAAAUGAACAACAAUUCAGAAUCUGGGUCUAGGAUCAAUGGUGGAACGAGGCUUGUUAAGGAGAGGGUUGUUUUGGGGAAGAGAGAGAGGGAGAGGGAUGUAGAGAGAGAAAGGGAAAGAGAUCCAAUUGGUGAAAUGGUGAAUGCUAUUAAGGUUUUGAGAGAUGGGUUUGUGAGGAUGGAGCAGAUGAAGAUGGAGAUGGCUAGAGAGAUUGAAACUAUGAGAAUGGAGAUGGAGAUGAAGCGUACUGAGAUGAUUCUUGAGUCUCAGCAAAGGAUUGUUGAAGCUUUUGCGAAAGCUAUUUCGGAGAAGAACAAGAAGAGGAAACUGCGUAAGGGUCUAUGUUCUGUUCUGUUCUGA